AUGUUAGUAAGUUUUAAAAGAUUAUUACUUAGGACCAGCAGUAAUGCUGCAACAGCAAAGUGUAUAUUAUCAUUAUCAAAAAAGCCAUUAUCACAACAGAUAUAUAGAUAUCAAAGCACUAAAACACCAGCUAACGUUGAUAAGUCUCAAGAAUUAGAUGACGCUACUAUUGACAACUGGCUUGAAGCUAUUGCUUCGUUGAAAAAAGAGUUUAAUGGUCAGGAAUAUUUGCCAGACAACUCCUUGACUCCUCCUGGUGUUACCCGUUUAAACAUUAUGCAAGAAGUCAAUGCUAUGGAUAAUUACAAGAAAAAUUUUACUCCUACGAGUGAACAGUUAGCAAUGCUAGAGAGUUUAAAGGACAAACCAAUCCCAGAACGCAGCGAUCCAAUUUUACAACACGUGACUAAUAUGAUUAUGAGACAUGGGAAGAGAGAAAGAGCUUCCAAGAUCUUGAGCCGUGCACUAUACCUUGUUUUUAUUCAAUUACGUCAAGAUCCUAUUGAAAUUUUGAAGAAAUGUUUGGAUGACUUGGCCCCACUAAUGAUUGUUAAAACUUUUAAAACUGGUGUUGCUAAAGCUGCUACUAUUCCGGUUCCACUAAAUAAAAGACAACGUAACAGAUUAGCUUGGAAAUGGAUUGUAGAAGGUAGCGCCAAAAGACCUAGUAAAGACUUUAGUGUUAGGUUAGGGGAAGAAUUGGUCUCUGUUUAUAACGGAAAUUCCAGUGGGUUUGAAAAAAGGGAUUCUAUUCAUAAAACAGCUAUUGCCCAUAGAGCUUACAUCAAAUUGAGGUAG